CUUCCGGAUGUCGACAGUGUUAACUACCAGAAUCAAUUUCAAGUAAACUAAAUAAGUAUAUAGUAUAGAUCUAGAUCUAGAAUAGUUUAGAAAGUUAGAUCUAUAAUCUAGAUUUAGAUCUAGUCUAUAUGGUCUUGAAACAAUGUCAUCAAAAAAAAUUAACUCGACGGCCACUGCUCGACUCAAGCAAGACUACUUGAGGAUCAUGAAAGAUCCUGUCCCAUAUAUACAAGCAACACCUUUGCCAUCCAAUAUUUUAGAAUGGCAUUACAUUGUUGAAGGUCCUGAGAAUUCACCAUAUGAAGGAGGUAUAUAUCAUGGCAAGCUGAUCUUCCCAAGAGAGUUUCCAUUUAAACCACCCAGUAUAUACAUGUUGACUCCCAAUGGCAGAUUUAAAUGUAAUAUGAGAUUAUGUUUGUCUAUAAGUGAUUUUCAUCCAGACACCUGGAACCCAGCCUGGUCAGUGUCAACUAUUUUGACAGGUCUCCUCAGCUUUAUGCUAGAGAAAAGUCCAACACUUGGGAGCAUAGAGACAAGUUUGUGCACAAAAAGACAGCUGGCUGCACAGAGUGGCUCUUUCAACUUGUAUAAUAAAACAUUUUGUGACUUGUUUCCAGAAGUGGCAGAGAGAAUAAAAGAGAACUUACGAAAACAGGCUGAAGAGCUCAAGAAAUCAACAGAGCUGACCAACACAUCUAACAAUGGAAACAGUCACCUGGACAAUGGCCUUCCUCAACCUGCAGACAACCAGGCCCACAGAGUUGGUCCAAGGUGGUAUCUUCGUGGCACAAUGACCAACAUGCUGGUCAUCAUUGGCUUUGCAGCCUUUGCUUUCAUGGUGAAACAUGUGCUGACAAAUGUUGUGGAGACGUUAUAGCUGUAGAAUGGCUCGGCUGUUUUGAUUGUUAGUAAGAGAUGCAUCAGAGCAUUUGUAGUUUGCAAUGGUGUGGGGAAAGAAAAAGAUUCUUCAACUAAAUCACCUUAAACUGUUCCCUCAGCAUAAGUUUGGAAAAACAUCAUGUCCUAUGUAACACUUAAAUCUGUUAUAGUCUUUAACUUUGUAGCUUCCAGGAAUACCUUCAAUUAGGUAAGCAUUCACCCUCAAUUGUGUCAGAUCAUUAUUCAUUUAAUUAUCAGUUUAUUUUUAGCUUUGCAAAUGUUGAAAGUGAUUCUACUGCAUGCGGACUACUUAAAUGUGAAGUUGAUCUUGGUUAAAAAGAAAUCAUCACUUGAGUAGCUUGUUUUUGUGAUACCAAUGCCGUAUCUCAAAAUAGUUUUUGAAUGGGCUAGCCUAGCCCCCCCCCCCCCCCCCCCCUCCUUUUAGCAGCAAAAUCUUUUAAACUCUUUAACAUUUUGCCAUAAAUAUUUGAAAUGAAAUACAGAGAUUUUAUUUGUCCUGAUGAUUUUCUGAACAAGAUCAUGAAGUCCUCUAUUGAUUGCAUAUAGAAACAUACAUCAUAUGUUGUAGUUUAUAAAGUCUAGUUUAUUAUACUGAAAAAAAUGUAGAACUACGGAUCAAAUGAUAGAGUUUGAAUCAAAUUUUGGACAGUUGAAUUCAACUGAAGAUAUUAAUGUUUAAUUACUUAGGCAGUUAACUUGCAUAAGUCUUUGCAAACUUGUUCCCUGAAUGUGUAUAACACUAUCCCAAACCUGUUUCCCAGAAUGUGUAUUAUAUGAUUAUCUCAUGUAUGUUAAUAACCCAUGCUGUGAUGAGGCUCUAUCAGAACUUUUCCUGACGAUAGACUCUAAUGUUUGUUUUUCUUGGGCCGGAAGUACUACAUUGUACAGUUGUUUAGUUACACACACACCUGCCAAUUUUAUAUAUUAAACAUAAACAUUUUGUUCUGUUCAAGAGAGUAAUGUAAUCAAUGAAUGUUUUGUAAAAUAAUUGUGUGUUAAUGUUUUGUCAUGAAUCUUGGAUCUCUUCUGAAUGAACCUGUAUCCACUUUUGCUUACUAGCUCAGGUUAUAACAAAUUAUCUCAAUAGAUUAUAAUUAGAGCAGUUAGGUUUUCAGUAAAUGAUUUAAAGGGGUCAUUGAGAAUACUAGUUUGACUAGGUCUUCAUGCUAUAACAUAAGGGUUUUAUCAGGUAUGUAAAUGAAACUUUGUACUGUUGUCCCCAUAAAGCUAAUUACAUUGUGUAUUUUUUAUUGUGUUUUUGAGGAUAUCAAAGGAGGUUUAUGUUUAUUGUUUUAUUACUUGCACUAUUAAUUGUUCAAUGGAACAAUAUGAAAGCAAGAAAAAAAAUGAUUUGCUUAAUAGUGCAAAGCACAUGUUCAGAACUGUUGUAAAACUUGUGCAACCAUUGUAUCCAUCACAAAAGAAGAAGGAGAUUGUCCUCUAUGUAACACAUUAAAUCCCUUGUGUACUGUAAUUAGAAUGAUUAGAACAACACCAGUAAUUUUUAUUUUCUUUUCAAAGCAGGAGACUGUUCAUUCAGUUUGAUUCAAAAUUUAAAGGGAUUUUGUCAAAAGAUUUAAAUUCUAUAAAGUGAUACCAGUAAAAUAUUAUAUGUAUAUAUAUCACAUACCAUAGUUAAUUAUUAACUUGGUAGCUAUUUUAAUUUUGUUCACCCGCUCAUAUGCUUUCAAUAUUUUUGUGUAAACGUGUAAAUUGAUUCAAAGUAAAUGUUCUCAAGAAAACAUUUAUGUUGCGCUAGCUUUAACUUAAAAAUUUGAGUGCUGUUACAUUCAUAUCCUGGAGGUUAUGUAGUUCUUAAAAGUAAACAAUUUGAGUGCUGUUACAUUUAUAUCCUUGAGGUUAUGUAGCAUUUUUUUUUCAAGAAACUAAUCACAGAUUGCCUCUGCUUGUCCAUCUGUUUUGAUGUUUAGUCACCAUUUGUAAUUGUUGAGAGGCUUCCUUUAUUCUAGUGUCUCGUGUGAUUUCCAGUUGUUACUUUCCUUUUUUGUUUGACAAAGGUAAAAUUCCGAUCAAAAGUGAUCUGAAAUAUUUGUCAUUCUUUUGAAAAAUGUCAUGUUCCUUAAUUUUUUAUUUAUCCCAUUCUUCCAGCAGACUCAAAAUAUUUUUAUUUAUUUUUAAAAAACAUUUUUUUUUUUUGUUAAUAAAACUAGUUUCUGUAAAUUUUGGAUGCUUUUGGCUAUAAGUUCUCUUUCAUUCUUCUUCUCAUUGUUUCAUUAGAAACUAGCCAGAUGUGACCUGCUCGUCUUAAGUUGUAUAUCACAAAUUCAUUAGGAAAAAAAAAGUAUAAUUAUAAUUAAUUCGUGAAUGUAAAUUAUCCUAAUUUUAAUCCCCAAUUUCAAGGAUAAGUUUUACAAACAGGUUAGUGUCAAGGGUAGGGUUUGUAAACAUAAAUAGUGUCAGAACUAGGGUUUGUUAGCGUGGGUAGUGUCAAGACAAGGGUUUGUAAAUGUGGGUAGUGUCGAGGCUAGGGUUUGUAAAUGUGGGUAGUGUCGAGGCUAGGGUUUGUAAAUGUGGGUAGUGUCGAGGCUAGGGUUUGUAAAUGUGGGUAGUGUCGAGGCUAGGGUUUGUAAAAUGAGUAUGGGUUCAGUGUCGUGCUGUGACAACAUAUAUGUAUUGCUGUAUAUAUUGUGUACAAAGCAAAAAGAGUAUUAAAGUUCACUGGUUGUUGGUCAUUCAAUUUGUUGUGGUGUUGGUUCUUUACAUUUCAAUACUACCUUCCUGUUUCAGUUUUUACUAUUCAUUUUUGUUCAUAGUACAUUAUUUUAUGAAUGUUUUUUUUUUUUUUUUUACCAACCUUAAUUGGAAAUACCUUUAACAACUUGAUACUCUCUUGAAGGAUAAGUAAAAUAAUGUAACACUCGGUCAUAAUAUACUUGAGAAUUGUUUCUUACUAUCUGCUGUAGCUAAGUGUUCUGGGUGGCAGUAGUAUUACCUACUUCUUAUUUAUGUGCCAUAAUUAACAAGCAGGGCAGCAGAUGUCAUUUGUAUUGAAAUAACCAUUGAUCAAGGUAUUUGACUCCUGCACCCCAAUCCUUUGUUAAGGCGUUUUGCUAUUUUGGGUUUUUGGCACAUUGGCAUAAUUAGGGCCAUGUUGUGCCCACAAGGUGUUUUGCCCAUGAGACACUAUAUCCAUCCUUCUAGAAUAAAUGCCUUUGAGUUGAACAUCUUUAUAUGUGUAAAAAAAAAUGUAAAUGUUGACACUAAAUGAUUAUGAUUAAAAACUGAAAAACUUGUU